UGGGAACUACCGGGCGGAAAUGGCGGGGCCRCUUCCGUGAGGGAGGGCGGUGAGGCGAACAUGGACCGGUUCGUGGUGCGCCGCGCCCGCAGCCCGCAGAGCCCCCGCCGAGCCGCGCCCGGGCCCCGCGCCUGCCGGCAGGUCACCCUCGAGUCCCUCAAGAGAGUUGUGGUUGUGGAAGACAUAAAACGAUGGAAAUCUAUACUCGAGCUUCCUGGGCAACCAAAAGAGAAUCUGRUGGAAGCUUUGGAAGAGCUGAAGAAGAAAAUACCUUCCAAGGAAGUGUUGCUUUCCACUAAAAUAGGUCACACCGUGAAUAAGAUGCGCAAACACCCCGAUCCGGAGGUGUCCAGCCUGGCCAGGGACAUUUACAGRGAGUGGCGAUCCUUCGUCCGGGACCACUCCAACAGGCCCUCCAUUGAGGUCAGGAGCGAUCCCAAAACUGAGGCUUUCAGGAAGAACGCUCGGAAGCUGCUCUGUGAAGCCCUGGAAUUAGAGAUUGAUCACCCACUGGCUGAAAAUAUUGAGCGCGAAGCUUUUCAUCUCUGUUCCCGCCUCAUUAGCGCUCCGUAUCGCAGGGCCGUGCGAGCCCUUGUCUUCUCAUUAAAGCACAAACCUGAGACCCGGGCAGGAGUCAAGGCUGGCACACUCGCUGUCCCUGCCUUUGUACAGAGCCAUAAAAAGUGAGGUGUGCUCGAUGCCGAGGGAGAAUUUCCUGUGCCUGCAUCUCCGUGGGGCUGGAAGCCCUUCCUGUGGUGAGGGGAUGCAGGAGAGCUGACUGUGACUCCCUGGCACCACUCCAUGGGCAGGGCUGCUGGAGGGAAGAACUAAUGAUGGAAUGGGUGCUAUAAAUCCAGCUUGGUAGAAAUCCAUGUGGGCUUGUUGCAAGGAAAGUUUCUUCCACUCUGCUGCAUGUUUUCCAUACCUUCUGACUCACCUGUUUCUCUCUUCUGCCUGUUUGUCGUAGCUCAGUUUAGCUCCAUCCCUGAUGCAGACCUUCAGGUGUAAUCAGCUGAAUAACCCUUUAAAAGGAGCAGCUCUAUGCUGUGCUGGUUGGAAAUAUUGGGAAUUCAGGGUAAUUGGUCCAURGGAGGGGAUUCCUAGAGGAUAAUUGCAAAAUCUGGUUAGCCCUAAAUCAGCCACGUCUGCUGCAGCUGGGCCCUGCCUGUGGCAAAAGCUGUUUUGCCAACGUGAUUUCCCUUUGCUGCAUUCCAGAGCUGGAUUCAAAAUGGGUUUCAGUUAUUUCAGAAUAACUUGCUCUCUUGUUAUUCCAUCAUCCCAGUCAUCCUGUGAUUUGGGGCAUUUUCUAAAGCCCCAGRGUAUAGGUGCUAUCUGAUGCCUCUGCUGUUCAAGGAGCAGCUCGCUCAGCCGUCCAAACCUCACUCAUGAUGUAAACAUGGUGCUUGUUCUUACUGUAACAUGAAAAAAAAAACCUGUAAUGAAUUUUCUAAAUAAAACUAAAUACCCCUUUUAAAGACUUCUGUUUUCUUGAA